GAAAAAUUCAAUACGCGACAAAACUUGGAUUUACGGACCUCACCUUUGCGCUCAGGUGUCAAAGUAAAGGUGUUUUUACCUCGUGGCUCCCGCAUGUGUCUCCUAUCCGGCGCAUCUUUAGUUAUUGUUUUUUAGCCUACUUUUGUGCACCACUAGAGUAGUUUUUUUUUGUAGCUGUGUUCGUGUUCAGAUGACGGCGCAGGUAGACUACCUGGUGGUGGUUUUCACCGCCACAUCUGGCGCGAGCGGAGAGCUGCUGGGAUCUGACGAGAAGGAGCUCGAGCAGUUGGUUUGGCAGCUGGUGGAUGUAAAGAACAAAAAGUUGGGCAAGGUGAAUGAGCUCCUCAUUAAGCCGGACCUCUCAGACUUGACUGAGGAAAAAGAGGAGGAGGAUGGGGUGGAGGAGAGCAUUGAAGAGGAGGAUAGCUCUCGAGCAGAUAAUGUCUCGACAGCUACAAGUCUUGAGACAGCAUUAAACUUGUUUCAUCUACAACUGACGAACGAGGUGAACAGCGCGGGCGCAGGCACGUCGAUGUGUUUGUGUACAGACGGGCCCCUUCACAUCCGCCAAGUGAUUCACCCCGAGGCCGCGAGCAAGAACAUCCUGGUCCCAGACGAUUUCUACUCUUUCUUUGACCUUCGGAAAGAGUUCAAGAAGCACUUCCCCACAUCUGACCUCAAGGCUUUGAAUGUACACACCAUGGCAGAGUCUCUAACUAUACCUGUUGAUGUGCCCGCUAUGUGGGACCCCUCAGCCACACUGGAUCCGUCGGCCGCGUUGCCUGCAGAAAUAGCAGCGCAGCAGGUCCAGAUCAUGGGCAGCAUUGUCCUUGCACUGCUUUCUGAGCCAUUUAGCCACGCAUUUUCUACCCAGGAAAGAGUUAGUGAGAAGUUUGAGACUGGCACUUGCAGUAAGAUGGAGAAAGUGUGUGACAACUCAGUCAUCAGAGCUAGAGGGUUGCCAUGGCAGUCUUCUGACCAGGACAUUGCUCGAUUCUUCAGAGGACUCAACAUUGCCAAAGGAGGAGCAGCAUUGUGUCUCAAUGCUCAGGGAAGACGGAACGGAGAAGCUCUUGUUCGUUUUGUCAGUGAAGAGCACCGAGACCUGGCGCUGCAGAGACACAAACACCACAUGGGCAACAGAUACAUAGAGGUUUACAAAGCUUCAGGAGAGGACUUCCUGAAGAUAGCAGGAGGUACCUCCAAUGAGGUAGCAAUGUUCCUGUCCCGUGAGGACCAGAUCAUAGUGAGGAUGCGAGGUCUUCCUUUCACCGCCACACACGAGCAGGUGCUCACCUUCUUCUCCCCGGAGGAGGAGCUCAAAGAGACAUGUCCGGUCAGCGGAGGGAAAGAUGGCAUCCUAUUUGUUCGCUAUCCAGACGGCCGUCCCACUGGCGAUGCUUUUGUUUUAUUUGCCUGUGAGGAACACGCCCAGUGUGCACUGAGGAAACACAAAGAAAUCCUUGGGAGACGAUAUAUUGAGCUGUUCAAAAGUACAGCAGCAGAGGUCCAACAGGUGUUGAACCGGUACUCUUCGGCUCCUCUGAUCUCAGUGGCCCCUGCCCCCCUGGUGUCAAUGCUGCCCUCAGUGUCUCUCCUGCCUCCUCCUGGUAGUGUGCGGGACUGCCUGAGGUUAAGGGGACUGCCAUAUACAGCGAGCAUAGAGGACAUUCUCACCUUCUUGGGCGAGUUUACACACGAUAUCAGACCACAUGGUGUGCACAUGGUCCUCAACCAGCAGGCUCGUCCAUCAGGUGACUGCUUCAUCCAGCUGACCUCAGCAGAGCGGGCUAUUCAGGCCUCACAGCGGCUCCACAAGCAUAUCAUGUCCAGCCAGCGCGGGGCCAACAGCCGCUAUGUGGAGGUGUUCCCCUGCAGCACAGAGGAGAUGGGCCUGGUGCUGAUGGGAGGCUCGCUCUCACACACACAUACACAUGCACACAUCCGGAGCAGGAGUGGGACAGGGCUCAGCCCGCCGCCAUGUAAGUCCAGACGUUUAUCUCCACCAUCGUACUCCUUCGGCCCUGUUCCACCGGUCAUGUCUGCAGAGGCAGCUGCUGCCCUCUACCCUCCCAUUGGUCAGAUGUUGCUGGCGCCACGCCACCUGCCACCAGGACAUGCCUACUACCCCGCCUCAGCGCAGCUGUUCAUGAACUACGCGGCCUACUAUCCCAGUCCACCUGGCUCACCUACCACCAUAGGUUUCUUCCCCUCCCCCGCCUCCCUUUCCUCCCCAGGGGGGUUGAUGCGCAUGCCAGGUCUGACCUACAAUGGCAAUGGAGUUAAAGAGCUCAUCAAUGCAAUGCAGGGAUACCAGAGUCCCACGGAUUCAGUGUCUCUCCUGAGCAGCCUUCUGAUUGGUCAGUCCAGCGGAGGUAAUGCUGCUCUCAUGUCCCUCCCCGCUCUUAUGACCAAGCCGGCGGGGUCGUACCUGGACCUGGCCCUGCUCUAAUGUCACAAAUUUACAAAGGUCAUGUGACAAUUUGAUAAAUGUCAAAGAUUUGUAAUGUAUUGUUAGGUUUUUAAAUAGUCUUUUAGAUCUGUUAUUUAUAUCUUUAAGAAUAUAAAUUAAUGUAUUUUAUACCCAAAUCAUUGUGGCCUUAGCCAAAAUAGCAUUUUUUUUGUUUUAUAUUGCACAUUGUGUAUUUUAAAAGCUUUAUAGAGUUUUCUUUUUUGUUCUUUUUUUUUUACAUGUUAUGAUAUUAUAAUCGCUAUGAUAUAUUUGCUAGCCAAACUAGAGAAGAAUGACUGUGAAGAAUGAAAGUAUGUGUGAGUGUGUUUUGGUGUGAAAGAGAUGAAAAUGAGUAUUAUGCAUGGCUGUGUUGAUUCGUCUUAAUACUCCAUCUGUUAAUGCAAUACAUUUUAUAUGUUUAUACAUGUUUGAUGCAGUACACAGUUAUUGUAUUGGAAGCUUUAGUGCAUGAAGAAGUUAGUAGUAAAACUUUAAGAUGUUUACAUAAUGCCAAAUAUCAAUGCACUGCUAAUCAAUUAGACGACAAAUGAAUAUAAUAGCAGUAUCUUUGAAUGAUAACAUUCAUGUUACACUGUGAGCUUGUCAGAUUGUCUGAUCCUUGCACCAGGCCUCUUACAAAAAUGUGACAUCUCACACUCAUUAACCCCCUCAUUUCCUUCCUAUGUACCCGGUUUGGGUCUGUCUCAUGUUGGGUUAUGCCAAUGUUGUCUUGCCCUUUGCUUUGGACUCACAUUUGAACAGAGGACAUUCCCACUUCUCUGUAACAUAACCACAGGGCUGCGUUCUUCAAGAGGACUCAUGUCACAAGCUCUCAUCUUACUGAGUGAAUAUCAGAAGUCAGAGGUGGUUUCUGAAGAUUUUGAAAACAGGCUUUACUCAGAAAAGACAGCAAGGAUGCAUCAGUCCAUCACACUUCCCUUGUCUUCUUUCCACUAUCUACGCUGAUGUUGGGGGAUGUAACGUAGCAAACAGGUUUCCCUGCAGAAAACCCUUCGCAAUUUCUCUUGGUAACGAAAUCAUUUGGAGAGUAGACGGAAAGUUGAAAAGGAAAGGACAUGAAGGACAACUCUGACAUGUAUCUUGUGAAUUUAAUUGCCACUUGUGACCUGCAAAGUUGCUGUUUGGGCUCCAUGUUGCUGCACACACUUCCUAAAGUGGGAAUUUAAACUCCUGCUUGUCCUGAGCAAUGCUGAACCAACAAUAAACACAACAUGUGAAGUCUG